ACCAGUGACCAGACACGCACACACACACACACGAGUUUGAAGCUGGCCAACCGCUAACUCUGAAAAAGAAGUUCUGUUGGGGAGUCUUUGUCUGAAAGCGUUUUUUGUUUGCUUACUCAAUCCUCUUUUAGUUUAGCCUUAGCCAUUGCAGUUAGUUCAAACUCAUACCUUACUCUCUCUUUCUCUCUCCACCAACUUCACCUUUUUUCUUUCCUUUCUCUUUUUUUUUUUUAUGGUGGGAAGAGUUUGUUUUCUGACCAUGAAAAGAUUAUCAUCCUCUUCAAAAAGGGUAGUGAACAAUGUGGUUAGAGGGGAGAUAGAGUGGGAGCUCAGGCCUGGUGGCAUGCUUGUUCAAAAGAGGAACGUGGGGGAUGUUUCUUCCGGACCCAUGAUCAAGAUCAAAGUUUCUCACGGUUCCUAUCACCAUGACAUCACCGUGCCUGCUCAAUCCACUUUUGGGGAUUUGAAAAGGGUUCUUGCACAAGAAACUGGCUUGGAGCCCAAGGAGCAGAGGCUGCUGUUCCAAGGGAAAGAAAAGGAUGACGAGGAAUGUUUGCAUAUGGUUGGAGUAAAAGAUAUGUCAAAGGUGGUACUUUUAGAGGACCCAGCUAGCAAAGAGAGGAAGCUAGACGAGAUGAAGAGAAACCAAAGUAUCCUAAAAGCCUAUGAAGAGGUUGCUAAGGUCAGAGCAGAGGUUGAUAAACUCUCUGAGAAGGUUAUUGCUUUGGAGGCAAUUGUUCGUGGAGGUACCAAGGUUUCAGAAAAGAAAUUCCUUGUCUUGACAGAGUUGCUUAUGGUGCAAUUGCUCCAAUUGGAUACAAUUGAGGCUAAUGGAGAAGCCAAAGUUCAGAGGAAGGUUGAGGUUCGUCACGUCCAAGGUCUUGUGGACACCCUAGACAAUUUGAAGGCUAGAAACUCUAAUCCCUUCAGCAGUAGUUGCAAUGCAGUGUCAGUGACUACCAAAUGGGAGGCAUUUGAGUCGGGGGUAGGAAGCCUGACUGCCCCAGCCCCGUUACCAUCCUCUACAAGAAUAACUCAAGAUUGGGAAGUAUUUGACUAAGCAGAAGUUCACAUCUAUCCGUCAGUAAUGUUCAAACCCGGAACAAAGCCUGUAUGCUGUUAUAGGACCGAACCUGCAAUCUUAGUACAGUUUUAUAUGCUCCUUCUGGUUGUGAAUAGCUGUUCUUUUUUUUUUAAGUACAAACAGAUGGGGAGGCUUCUUCUUGAGUCAUGGUAAGAUUGUACAUCAAUUGUCUUUGUUUUGGUAGAUAAUUAAGAUGUAUCUCCUGCAUGCCCCGUUUGCUUCACUGUUGGUAUCUUUAAUCAAUGCUAGGUGAAGCAGGACAUAUUAACCUCAUUUCCGUUGCACUCCUCUCUGUAAGUUUCCCGUUCUAGAAUCAGUGAAUUACCUGUUUUAAUGAACUAAGAAUUUGGGAAGAGCCAUUUUUUUCU